UACCAUAACGUUGUACCAUAGUCUCAGUAUCCAAACUGGAAGGUUGUAAAAUGGAAAUUUUCAAUUCUGGUAAAUAUUGAGAAUGUCAACCAUUACAUUAACCAAAUCUGGACAAACAACAAAAGCAGAAACCAGCUCUGUUAUAAUCAAAUCUUCAGAACACAAAAUCACACAGAACUCUGAAAACAGCACUGAAAUGCAAGAAUCAGAAAUGAAGAAGAACAAAAAUGCCAAUCUCAGGAAAUCAAAAUUGGCACUUAGUUGUGAAAAUUCACAGUCAAACUACAAAGAACCUGAGGCCAAAGAUCAGCAUGCUUAUGAAACACAACUUUCAAAGGCAGAAGUUGAUGGUGAAACAGACAGUGCUAUAGGUUCUAGCAAUUACAGUUUGUCUUUAGAGUCUCUAUUAGAUGAAGUUAAUAGCCUCGAGCUAGAUUCGGAUCAAACAAAGCCAAAAGGUUGUGAAGUAACAGAAGGCUCUGAUGAUCAGAGUCUUCCAUGCCUGGACUCCCAGACACAAACAGAAAUAGAUGGGAAAAGAUCUCCAACACCUAAUCCAGAACUGGGAGAUGAAUCCUCACAAUCUUCCAGUAUGACAGUAUCAUCCCUUUCUCCGUGCUCUAGAGGCUCUAUGAUAGACUUAGUCAUCCUUCAUACAAAAGAUGAUACAAAGAGCGCACAUUUUUUUAAGCAACAUUUACUCAAUGAUGUUGGAAUAUCUGACCUAACAGUAGAGACAUUUGGUAAUAUUGGCCUUGGGCAAUCUGUAAUGCAAAAGGCAGCAACUCUACAUGACUCUUGCAGAAACAUCUUGAUAUAUAUUACAGAUAACUUAGAAAAAAGCACAUAUGACCAAUUCAUAUUUGAAGUUUCCUUAACCAUUGGUCUAGAAGACAAGGAGAAAAAAGAUAGGGUUGUACCAGUGCUUACACCUGGUUGUAAAUAUAAAUCCCCAGUAUUAGGUGUAAUAAGUGGCUUAUAUUACUCUAAUUUCAACUCUGACUGUUCCUCCUUGAGAGAUUCAUAUCUUCAACAGGUCAUUAAUCUUGUGGAAGAUGGAAGAAAAAAGUUUCCAAAAGAAUAAGAUAUUUGAACAAAUGUACAUAAUAUUAUUAACAUGAAACUUACAGAUCUUUCCAAGCCACCAUAAUAUCCUUUGAAUAACAUUAACACAGCAUAUCAAGUAUACUAUUAGUGAUUGAAUUUGUCAAUAUAAAGAAGAUUUCAGGCAUAAUACUUUAAUAAUUUUGCUUUUGAAAAUUAUUCUUAAUUUAUAUUUAUGAAUUUAAAUGUUUAAUAAUAACAUGUUGAUAUAUUGGUUGUUUUGAAAUAAUUAUAAAUUUAGUAUAUAAGGUUACAUUUCAUUUCUGUUAUUGGUCAUGCACGGAGGUAAAUUAUCAACACUUUGUGCUACAAAAUUAACUCUUUAAGGGCAUGACUGGUGACACGUCCGGGGUCCGUCUUCGACAGCGAAAGCUGCAUUUUGUGCCCGUACGGGCGGAUGGACCCUCAUUAAGCAUAGACUAUAGAUAGAUA